GGCAGCUGCUUGAACUGAGAAGGAGGAGUAAUCAGAGAGAGAGAAUUUGAAAAAGGCAGAACCAAGUAGAGAUCAACUUAGACUCUCUCCACAACAGAAAAAAAGCACUGAUAAGAAUUCCUCUGCAGGUCAACCAGCUAGGAUGGAUGAGACUACUAGAAAAAUGCAUUUAGCCUCCCUCGUCAUCUACUGCGUGAUAUUUGCUGUUGGGAUUCUGGGCAACGCCCUGGUCAUCUAUGUGACAGGCUUCAGGAUGAAAAGAACUGUCAACUCAGUUUGGUUUCUCAACUUGGCCCUGGCCGACUUCCUCUUUACGGCCUUCCUGAUUUUCACGAUCAUUUCUGUCUCCAACCAUUACCACUGGCCUUUUGGAUAUUUAAUGUGCAAGCUCAACACCUUGGUGACUGCUGUCAAUAUGUUUGCCAGUAUCUUUCUUCUGACAGCCAUAAGUCUGGAUCGUUGCCUGUCAAUCUGGGUGGUGGUGUGGGCGCAAAACAAGCGCACCGUCCGCAAAGCUCAGUUCAUAUGUGCGUUCAUCUGGCUGACUGCUGUGGCCUGCAGCACCCCGUACGUCACUUUUCGGGACAUCGUGACGGCAAGAGACAAGGUUUACUGUGGCUAUUCUGCAUCCAUGACAACUGAACGAGCACUGACUCUCGCAAUUUUUCGCUUUGUUGUCGGCUUCCUCAUCCCAUUCCUGGUAAUAUUUGUCUCGUAUGUGGCCAUAGGUGUUCGUGCAGGGCGCCUGCAGAGAACCAGGAAGAAGAGACCUUGCAGAAUCAUUUUGUCCAUUGUUCUUGCGUUCUUCAUCUGCUGGUUGCCCUUCCACAUUUUGCAGAUUAUAGAACUGAAGGCUAAAAAUAAUCCAGAUCUCUGGAAGGUUGUUAGAAUUGGUGGUCCUCUGACUGUGAGUCUGGCUUUUACGAACAGCUGCCUGAACCCCAUUCUCUACGUUUUCAUGUGUGAUGAAUUCCAGAAGAAGCUCAAGCAGUCCAUUUGCUUAGUCCUCGAGAGCGCCCUGGCGGAGGACCACUUGUCGUUUAUGUCCUCCCGCUCCUUGGCGUCACACUUUUCCCGGAUCUCUCGGAAGUCUGACUCUGCCCCACCUUUGGAGAAGAAAGACACGACCACCUCCUUAUCCUUUCCGGAAAGCAACGUGGUCAUCACUGAUACAGACACCGUGCACUGAUUGAGACCGCCAUGUCUGACAGACGAUGUAAAUAUUGAAUCCAUAUUCUUUAAAACCAAACUUGUAAUCAAUAGUGAGAAAAGUAUAGUACAAACUGAAAAUGACAUGUUAAAGUGAUGCAAACAAUACAUCCAUGCAUAGAAAGAAGUUAGUUGAAUAUUUGUUGUGUGCUUUGAAUAUUUUUUAUGUUAAGGUGCCUACUCACACGCAGGUGUUUUCACUUAUGGCUGGUAAGACGUCCCUGAAACCUCCACCCGUUUGGCUUUUCCCCUUUUUACUAGUGAGUGCAGCUCGAUGAUAUCUCCCAUACAUUUUCAGUGGAAUCGGCCAGAAAAAUUGAAAACGCCUGUGUGGGUGUGCUGCAGCAUUAAAAUGUAAAUAUUCAGCUCUUUAUUCUUACAAUGAAUGUAAAACAAUUUAUUUUGUACCAUCUAACUGUAACCUUCAAGACUUCUGAAAUGGAACGGCCUAUAAAUCAGCUGAUAAAGA